GAUUGAAAACUGAAUUUUGGGCUGAGUUGGUCUUUAAAUUGUAGACUGAAGGAGCUUGGAAUUGAAUCUGAUCUUUGGAACAUUGCGCAGAUAUAUGAUCCUUGUCUGCACUCUGGACUUUCUUCACACGCGUGUGUUUUCAUUAGGAGACCAACACCCUGCUUCCUUUGAUAUACUUUCAACUGCUCCACUGUGCUCUCCAAACCAUGAAUUCCGGGGACCAUAGAAGCUUCAGAAAAAUCAAAAUGAAAUAUUUCACUCCCCCGAGCACAUUUGAAGCCCUCUGGUUGGAAUUUCAUCAAAGCGCCAAUCACAUGAAAAUGCUCAUCUUGGACUUUUUCAUGGCACUGAGCAAACUAUUCCGAACCAUUUCCCAUGUUCUGGCAGCUCUGUGGGAGGCCCUUGAGGUGGUGGUUUAUUUCUUGCUGACUAUACUCAAUGUGAUUUGGCUGUUUUUGAAAAUCAUCUUGGUCCUUGGGGAACAAAUAAAGGCGUUGGGUCCAAACCAGCUAACACAGCAGCACACACCAAAAAACAACUACUGCAAAGAAGAUUCUGCUAAAUUUGACUCCAUUAACAAGAGCUUGACAGACUCUCAGACCUUCAAAAAGCAACAUAUAGAGUAUAAUGACAUCACAAAGGAAGCCAUACACCAUAAUCACACUGGGAAGAUGCCUGUGUAUUCUACAUACACUGAAAGGAAAACAAUUUCUUCUAAUUGCAUCAGUAAGGAAACUCAAGACUUUGAUUUCAACAAAGGUGAACAAACUAAUUCUUACGGGAAGGACGUUUCACAACCUGAUUCCACCAAGGAGAAACCUUUCCACCAUUCCAUCACAAAAAACGUUGUCCAUUUAAAAUACACCAGUAAGGAUAAUGAAUUCGCUGCAUUCAAUAAGAACAAGGUUUCGCAAUCUAAUACCUACAGGAAGGAGUUUACACAGCUUGAGUCCACCAAGGAGAAACCUUUCCAAUAUUCCGUUACAAAGGGCUUUGUUCAUUCAAAAUAUAUCAGUGGAGCUAUUGAUCGUGCAUCCAAUAGGCAUGAGCAUUCACAAUCUAAUUCAUACAGGCAGGAGUUUGCACACUCUGACACCUCCAACGAUAAGCCUGUAUACUAUUCCACCCCUAAGACGUUUGUGCAUUCGAAAUACAUAGCUAAAGAAGGUGACCACUCGGAUACAGGCAAGAAUUUAAUUGCUUAAUCUCUUGGCUACAGGGAAGAGUUUGCACAUUUAUAUACCACCAAGAAGGAACAUUUACAAUACUCAAUCACUAGAGAAUCUGUGCAUUCAAAAUACAUGAGAAAGAAAGCUUUAGAAUCUGGUCCUGAGAAGAAAGAUUGCACAAGUUUAUUUCUACAGGAAAAAAAGUUUCACAGUCUAAUUACUACAUCAAAGCACAAAUGUAUUCCUACAAGAACGAGUUUAUGCACUAUAACUGUACCAUCUGAUUUAAAAAA